CCAACCAUAGAAAUAUUUUGCAUUUUUUGUGUGUUGAAAAGUUUAUAAUAAGCUACCCAAUGGCAGGUUGCCAUCCUUACAAAUCUGUAACAACAUGUGCCAUGAAUUGUAUCUCUUCCUGCGAUAGCGCUGUUUGAUGUUUAACUGCUUUAUUUGGUAGCCAGGACUUAAAGGUAAGUUCUUAAACUGAAAAAAGUCCCGGUUUCACUGCAUUACGGAUAUGAUGAAUGUGAAUUGAGGAAAGUGGGUGUGGCCUUACACAAACACACACCUGUUUAAGCUUCACCUGUGUGCACGUGAUCACUUCACACAGUCACAGGUAUUUCAACAGAGAGGAUUUUAUUUUUUUAUUUUUUUUUAACUUUGUAUUUUAGCUUCUGCAUACUUCAUACGUAUUAUGAUAAGGUGAAUGGCGACAUUCAGGAAACUUAUGAGAAAAGUGUGUAUGGCUUUAAACUUUUGCCGAUAUCGUCGACGAAUCCUGCUCAUCUGCUCACCAUGUUUUGUGCUGAUCACAGUGUACAUCUACGUCUCGAUAGCUUUGACCUAUGCCAUGACACACGGGACAUCCGCCGUUCGUCCCAUGCUACCCACGCGCUUUAUUGCCUCUGGCCUCAGAUUCACUGAAGAUCUGUCUCCUCAUCCUAAAGAGCACUUUUGGAGAACCGAACUAGAUAACGGAGCGCUGUGGAACUUUAUCCAGCAUAUUACAGACCGCCGAUACAACCCAAUCCUGAGGAAACCGCUGGAUAGUGCAGAAGGCCUCAGCGACAGAUCCACUGGGAGACAAAGUGGUGGAUCAUGUAAUCCAGAUUAUCAGGUUAGGGAUGCAAUGCCAGAUUACGACAUGUUAACAACUCAGAUGAAAGAUUUUGUUGUGUCCAUGCACUGUCGAGACUAUCCGCUGAUUCUCGAGCCGUUGGACGUAUGUGACGACGGACCACUGGCAAAGACUCGGGCUCCGCUGUUGUUCCUUGCCAUCAAAUCUCAAAGUGGGAACUUUAAAAACAGGGAAGCGAUUAGAAAAACUUGGGGACGAUCGGGAAAUGUGAUGGGUAGGGAAAGUAAAGGAGGCCUUGUCCGUAGGAUAUUCCUUUUGGGGAUGUCCAAAGACUUGCUUGUUGAAGAUAAAUUAACAUUUGAGAGUAAAAUGCAUGGUGACAUCAUACAGUGGGAUUUUGCAGACACCUUCUUUAACCUCACGCUGAAGGAUGUGUUAUUUUGGGACUGGUUCUCAAGGCGUUGCCCACACGCCCGUUUCAUCUUUAAGGGUGAUGACGAUGUGUUUGUUAGGACGCCUGCCAUCCUGGACUAUCUGCUGGCUGAGGAGAAGAACGAAAUUAACUUUACUAACUUAACUACAAAACAACUAUCAUUGGCGUCUAUGCAAACCAAAAUGGAGCAGUUUAUUGUUGGUGAUGUAAUAAACAACGCAGCGCCUUUACGCUCGAACCAAACAAAGUACUUCGUCCCAGAUAGCUUCUACAAAGGGUUAUACCCUUCAUAUCCUGGUGGAGGAGGGGUGGUGUAUUCUGGAUCUCUGGCCCUUAAACUCUCUCGGGUGUCACAGAGAGUUCAUCUCUUUCCUAUUGAUGAUGUCUAUGUGGGCAUGUGCCUGCAGAGAAUAGGGGUCUCACCUAUCCACCACCCGGCCUUUCUCACAUUUGACUUCCCUAUAGAUGAACCUAAGGAUCCCUGUGCAAACCACACCGUGCUCCUGGUCCACAAGCGUAGCCCGACGGACGUUUUUCGGCUUUGGUCGGAAACAUUGACGCCUAGUCCCGAAUGCAGAAAUGCAACGCUGAGAGUCAAACGUAGAGAUGCUUAAGCGGACUGAAGCCACAUCUCAGUUUUUUGUUAUGCUAAAACGUGUUCUCAUCUAGCAGGUUUAGACAACCAGUAUUUAAUGACUGUAUGUUAAAUCAUUGAGAAAGCCAGUCUCUUGUAGCCUGUUUGGUGUGUUUUUUCGUGUUUAAUAAGAAUUAGGCAAUUUACCCAACUGAAACCUGCUUUCCGGCUAUUGCACAUUCCAUGUACUUUUGUAUGAAUUUAAAUGGAGGCUGAUUGCUUUGUAAUUAAAAAAUUUUGUAACCUCUAUUUCACUGCAACGCAAAGUUGUAGUUUCAGUAUUAGAUGCAAUAUUACUCAAGUCAUCUGUAAAGAGUAACACAUUCAGAUUAGAAAUGUUAGGUUGUUUUUAAUCCAGUGUUGGGUCUCUGCAGAUUUAUCUCACAGAAAGUCGUGUUAUAUCAUGAAAAAUUUGAUUAAUUUAUUUGUGUCCAUGGCACGAAAUUCAGCUUUUUUCGUGCAUUGAGCACAAAUGUCUUUUUCAUGUCAAUAGCAUGAAUUUCUAUAGUUUUUCAUAACAUGUCCGUGGCACGACUUUUUUUCGUGUCAUUUUAUGUAUUGUUUUCUCGUUUUUUUACCCUAUUUUUAAAUCUUUGUUGCUUAGGAUGGGCUUAGAUUUGGGUUAGGAUGUACUUUUAUGUGUUGGUUUCUACAUGUUUUUCUUCCGCUUUUAAAACUAUUCUCGCCUGGGUUUGGUUGAGGAUGUUUAAAAAUUUAACAGAAAGUGAUUCUAACCCCAACCCCAAGCGACAAUGGUAAGAAAAUAGGAAAAAACGAUGAACAAAACAAUACAUAUGAAAUGAAAAAGAAAGUCGUGCAACGUACAUGAAAAACUAGUUAUAAUUUAAAAAGAUAUUAAAAAUUUGUGUUCAAGGCAUAAACAAAUACAUUUAAAUGAAUCAACAUGACUUUCAAUGAGAUCAGUCUGGAUCAAAAAGAGACAAACCCAACCCAUUGGGUGUUAAUUUAACUUAUGCUGGGUUGUUUUAACCCAUUGUUGGGUCAAACAUAUUUUAACCCAAUGGCUGGGUUUGUCCCUUUUCGACCCAAUGCUGGGCUGACAAUGUCAGCAUUUUUUAGAGAACAAGUUAACAUUAGUUCUGGUUAAAGAUUUUAAUAAAUAUGACCAUAAUAUUUAAUGAUUUAAAAUAAAGUUGUAUCUGCACUGUAAA